GUAGUCAACGAGAGCGUUCAAAUCAGCUAUCCAAUACGGUAUAAAUAACUGCAGAGUUGUGGGCGACCGUAGUUCAGGGUUGGUCCUCAGUUUUCGUCAAUGCCAGGCUUCUCACCGCACAGCUACAGUGGCCGGCCACGAGCCGCGCACGUCUGGCGUGGCCCAGAUGGCCAGGCUCCUGGGCCUGCCCAGCCCCCACUGCAGCGACGGCGGCGACGGCAACAGCGGCGAUGGCAGCGGCAGCAGCGGCGGCAGCGGCGACAGCAGCGACGGCGUCGGCGGGGCCAGAAACGGAGGUGGCGGCGCAAGGGGGGCGGGAGGUGGAAGGGCAAGAGGCCAGACAGGCCGUCGGCUGUGGCUGCAGGCACGGCUAAAGGAGCAGCCGGCGCUCAAGCGCUGUCAGGCGGGGAUACCCAGUGCGCGGGUGGCGUCGGCAGCUGACCAUGAGCGGCGAAUACGCUACCUCUACUCUGGAGGUGGCGUGGACGCGGCGGCGGCGGCCGGGUCUGCGCCUGCGCCGGUGCAACAGUACGGGCUGUGGCAUCUGCUCCGUUUCUACCGGCAGUGGGGCCAGCGGCGGUGGCGCCUGACUGUCCAUGUGCGGACGCAGAAGGUGCUGGAGCACACGGCGCAGCAGCUGGCUGGUGGAAGGCCCAAGGAGGAGGUCAUUGUUGGCUGGGGCAACGCCAACACUGGCUAUGGCGGUUGCAUCAGCAGGUUGGGGCGGGGCCCAAACCGGGCACUGCUCCGCCUGCUGGUGGACAAGUACGCGCACCUGGUGGUGUACGUGGACGAGUUCUACACAUCGCAGGGACGUGACGUCAACUCCGCAACCAACAUCCGGCACGCGCUGGUGGAGAUGCUGCUGGGGCACAAGCGACCUGCAUCGCUGCAGACUGGCGGCGGCGGCGGCGGCGGAGGUGGCAGCGGCGGCGGCGGCAGCGGCGGCGGCGGCAGCGGCGGCAGUGGCGGCGGCAGCGGCGGCGGCGGCAGCGGCGGCGGCGGCAGCGGCGGCGGCGGCAGCGGCAGCAGCGGGGGCGCGUGCGCGCAUCUUGGUAGCGGAGGGGGCGGGAAAGGCCACGUGGAGGAGGAGAGCGCAGCGCCGCCCAAGAAGCGGCGCAAGCGCGCAGGCUGAGGAGCCGGCUGGCGGUGUCUAGGUAGCGGUCCGCGGUGGGGCUGGCAGGGCAUCCGUAGCGGCAUGACAAGCAGUGCGGCUGUUGACAACUGUGCUGCGUCUGGCUACAGUUGGCUCUGCUGUGGCAUCGCGAUUGCUAGGCACCUGGUUUGGCUACCGUACUGACGCUUGAAAUCUUUUUUAUUAUAUUCGAAAACGUCAAAAUAAAACUAAUACUGAGCAAAUGGGCCAAAUUCCAGGGGGUCGGAUAAAAUUUCUAGACAUGUUCAGAGACGUAAUUGGACAUGUCUGGGGACAAAGCCUGCUGGAAUUUGGUCUGUUUGGGGUCGGAAGUUGUAGCGAAUGCUGCUUAGCUGCAUUCGAAGCACAGGAAAGGCUUUUGACGCUGUGUUAGAGCUGGUCCACGCGUGGCACGCCACACCGCCAUCCGUCCCAUAAAACUUCAAGACCUGACUGGCCCCCGGGAUAAAAGUUAAAAACAUA